AUGAAUUCAUCAUUCCUCAAUGAACCCUACUACUUCUCGCUUUGCCUUUACACAAUAGGCAUGUUCUCUUUUCCAAUUCACCUAUUCGGUGCCUACUGUAUCUUAUUUCGUACUUCAAUUGCAAUGAAACAUGUCAAAUGGGUCAUGUUUAACUUGCAUUUUUGGAAUUCCUGGAUGGACUUGACGAUCAGUGUUUUGAGUCAACCGUUCAUUAUUCCACCAGUAUUUGGUGGCUAUUUUUUGGGGAUUUUUAGUAAAAUUGGAAUGGAUAGAGACUUGCAAGUGUAUAUUAUGGUAACACUUCUGAUGAGUGAGUCGUGGACGCUGCUCAUUUUGUUUUUGAUUAAAACUGGUUGCCGUCUCAACAAUUUCUAUAUUCGAGAACCGUUUCUACAUCCUUUUUGCCGAGUACACGUGGUGGCGGUAUGGACGUAUUGUCUUCUACAUCAUCAACUAUUCUCUUGCACUUUUGUAUUUUGUACCUACCGUAAUUCAAAUUCCUGAUCAAAAUCUCGCUCGCCAGGAAAUCUUCAAAAUGUACCCUCAGGUCCGUCACUUUGACACCACUGAACAUGAGAUAUAUGUUGUCGCGUAUGAUAUGGGCAUCCGAGAAUACAUUGGGUACCGGCAGGUGAUAAGUUUGGGAACCGUGACAGUGGAGGGAUUAGUGUUUUUAAUUCUAUCACAUUAUCAUAUUUACGUCUCCACUAAAAAUAUGAAAGUAUCCACAACUAUGAAGAUGCAGAAAAUCUUCUUGAAAGCUUUAUACAUGCAGAUAGCAAUCCCUGCAAUCAUUAUGGUAGUUCCACAGAUUGUUCUGAAUGUGCUGGGUUACCUUUACAUGAAUAGCCCCGAAAUGAAUAGUCUCGCGUAUAUGCUCAUGUCAGUUCACGGAGCAUCUGCAACACUUAUCAUGCUUUACUGUCAUGCUCCAUAUCACGAUUUCUGUGCCAAGUUGUUUUGUAACAGACUAUGUUUUAACAAGCUCAAGGUUGAAGUGAACUUUGUCGAAACGACGGGGUCUGCGGAUGUGCAUCGGAUAACUUUGUAA